AGGGACGUCCAAUUUCUUCAUUUUGACGAUUUUUCAUUUCUGGUGUGGGGAUUGAAUUCACAUUUUUGGAUUAGCCAUAGCCAAAGAGCCUCUUUCUGAUAGAAAGAACUGAACCGAAUUGAAUCCAUGGUGAUGGCCAUUUUUGCUUCUUCUUCAUCUUCUUGUUACACCUCUAAAGCUUUCCUUCUCUCUCAACGUUCCUUCUUCUUCUCCACUAUUUCAUCCAAACCCUCUUCCUCCUUCUUCUUCAAACCCACUUCCCGUUUCUUCUCUUCUUCCUCUCCAACUUCUCUUCACUACUCACCAACCCCUUCUCCUCCCACCAACGUCAUUCAAAUCCUCGAACAACGCGGCCUUCUCGACUCCAUCACCAGCGACAAUCUCCGCUCCGCUUCUCUCUCCCCUCUCAAGGUCUAUUGCGGCUUCGACCCCACUGCCCAGAGCUUACAUUUAGGUAAUCUUCUUGGUUUAAUCGUCCUCUCUUGGUUCCGCCGAUGUGGCCACUCCACCGUCGCUCUUAUCGGCGGCGCCACUGCCCGUGUCGGAGACCCCUCCGGCAAGAGCCUCGAGCGGCCCGAACUCGACCUCCAAACCUUGGAGGCUAAUACUCUCGGAAUUACUAAUAUUAUCACUAAAAUUUUGGGGAAUUCGGGGUCGGAUUCUGAUUUUUGCCCUAAUUUUGUGAUUCUGAAUAAUUAUGAUUGGUGGAAGGAGUUUAGGUUUUUGGAUUUCUUGAAAGAUGUGGGUCGGUUUGCGAGAGUGGGAUCCAUGAUUGCUAAGGAGAGUGUUAGGAGGAGAUUGGAAUCGGAGCAAGGAAUGAGUUAUACUGAGUUCACUUAUCAGCUUUUGCAAGGGUAUGAUUUUCUUCAUUUGUAUCAAAACGAGGGUGUUUCUGUUCAGAUUGGAGGUAGUGAUCAAUGGGGGAAUAUUACUGCUGGGACAGAGCUUAUUAGGAAACGUUUGCCUCAAGCUGAUGGCGUUUAUGGUUUGACAUUCCCUCUUCUUCUGAAGAGUGAUGGCACCAAAUUCGGUAAAUCCGAAGACGGUGCUAUUUGGCUUUCGCCGUCAAUGUUAUCUCCGUACAAGUUUUAUCAGUAUUUCUUCAGUGUUCCUGAUGCUGAUGUGGUGAGGUUUCUUAGAAUUCUCACAUUUUUGGAUAUUGAGGAGAUUCAGGACUUGGAAAGCCAAAUGAUGAAACCUGGGUAUGUUCCUAACACUGCGCAGAGGCGGCUGGCCGAAGAAGUUACUCGGUUUGUUCAUGGUGAAGAUGGUUUACGUGAGGCCCUUAAGGCUACUGAAGCAUUGAAACCAGGAGCAGAGACAAAGUUGGAUUGGAAGACUAUUGAAGGGAUUGCUGAGGAUGUUCCAUGCUGCUCGUUGGAGUAUGAUCAAGUGUUGAACCUUUCGGUUGUCGAUCUCUCAGUUACGUCUGGUUUGCUUGAAAGCAAGUCGGCUGCCCGUCGGUUACUGAAGCAAGGGGGACUUUAUUUGAAUAAUGGUAGAGUGGAUUCCGAGAGUAAAAGGGUUGAAGCUGUAGACAUUGUUGAUGGAAAAGUUCUACUUUUAUCUGCAGGAAAGAAGAACAAGGUGGUUGUAAGGAUAUCAUAACACAGAGCGGAUUCAGAAACAGCUCAUUCAUUCCCUAACCAACAAGUCCUUCAUUUUUACUAUUACUUUUUGGGUGAAAUUCUUUGGUAAACUAUUUAAAGUCCCAAUCUUCAAAUUGAUGUUUAUUACCUGUUUUAGAGUAGUUUCGAAACGGUUAGACCACUUUUAUCAAUUUUUAAUCAUUCAAAAUCAAUUUUUAUUGGUGAGAAAAUAACAUUUAAAAAUGCAAAAUAAAACAUGAAUGAUAGAAUACAUGUUUUGAAGGGAUUUUAAACAUAUUAAAAGCGAUUUUAACCAAUCCAAAACCACUCACAAACAUGUCCUUAAGAGUGUUCGUGAACUAAUUUGCUGCUGCUGAGGAGGCAAUUCUGUCAGAUAGAUGCUGGUAUGCCAUUUAAGGAGUGCAGUGGAUGCAGGUUACAUUAAUGCGCUGGUUCAUUACUUCAUCUUGCAAGUUAUAACUUAAUAGGUAUGUUAUAUUUGCUGAUUGUUGCUUUAUGGUUAACUAUCUGUUAAAUUCCAACGAUUCAGAAGAACAGAAAAAAACAGUUGGUCAAAGUGUAGUGAAUCAGAGAAGUAGAGAGGGAUGUUUGUUAGGAAGAUGAGUUAGAGGAAAUUGAAUGUAGGUAGAGAGGGAACUACAUGUGAAAAGUAAUGGAGUGACAAGAAGAGAAGAGAAGUGAGAUGUUGAUAUAUUGAAAAAUUUUAGCAGAAGUGAGCAGGAAAUGACAUUACUUCUCAAAUUUCGAUACUUUUUUCUUUGUUGUAUUGAAAACAAGAUGGAAAUUUCAUUUAAAA